AUGUACCGAGUAACGAGUUCUACAACAUUGCCCAGCACCGUACACAAGAUCAAAUAUUUGGAUCAAUUUGGCUCCCAUUCCGUUUCUUUACCUACCCAUUUGAAGGUUGUAUCUGCCAUGAAAGGUAGCCGUGAGAAACGUGCAGUGGCUCCACCAGUGACACUGAGGUUAUCUGAUAAGAUGCAUGAAAGACAUGAUGAUCAUGGGCCUGAAGGUUAUAUGAAUGUGUGUGGGAUGGAGAUGAACAAUCGUCAAUGGUCACCGAUCUUCUAA